ACGGUGUGUGCGCCAAUGUCUCGUGGGCUAGGUUCCAGCAUGGGCGGCUUCCUCUACGCCACGCUGCAGACCAAGCUGAUCGAGCUGCUGGGCGUCAGCGGCUGCCUACUCAUCGUGGGCGCCGUGUCCCUCAACAUCAUCGCCUGCGCCGGCCCCAUGCGACCCCUGACCCCGCCCAAGUACUACCUCAAGCAGCGCGCGGCCCUCCUGGAGAGGGCCGAGGCCGCGAGGCUGUCGGAGAAGCCGGGCCCGGACGAGGCCCCGGCCAAUCAGAAGCCUCUGCUGACCAAGGACGCCGUGAUGCUCACCGUGGAGACGAAGGAGCCGUUCCAGAGGAGGAGGGCUCGCGACUUUGCGGACCUGGUCCGGCAGAUAAAGAGCAGGCUGAGGGAUUAUUCAAGAUGCAUGUCCUCUACAUCAGCGGUGUUCCAGAACCGAGUCUUCAUGGCCCUGUGUAUCUCCUUCUUCCUCUUCGCCCUUGGUGCCUUCCCCACCCUGCUCUUCAUGGAGGACGUAGCCCGGAGCCAGGGGCUCACAGAGGAGGGCACCGCCACCUUCCCGCUGGUGUCGCUGGUCGCCAUCGCCAGCGGCUUUGGCAAGCUGGGCCUGGGAGCGAUGGUGGACCUGCCCUUCGUCCACAGCAUCCCCCUCUUCAUCUUCACCAUGGUGGGCAGCGGGCUGGGCCUGCUGCUCAUACCGUUCACCAAGUUCUACCUGGGGCUGCAGAUCCUGGCUGUGUGGAUGGGCUUCCUGGGCGGCAACUGGUCGCUGACCCCGUACAUCACCAACGAGAUAGUGGGCAAGGAGAAGCUCUCUGAAGCCCACGGCGUCCUCAUGUUCUUCGGAGGCCUGGGAAUCACCCUGGGGCCUCCAGUCGUAGGUUGCUUCUACGACCUGACCCUCUCCUUUGACAUUGCAUUCUACUUCAGCGGGGGGUGCGUGCUCCUGGGUGGCAUGAUCCUGUUUACCUGUACCCUGCCAUGCCUGGGUCGUACCACUUUUGAAACCCCCCUCCCAACCCUAGAAGCCGUGCAGACGGAACACAUUGAGUGUGUUAUUCCCGACGCAACUGAUGGGUCGUGCACGCCGGCGACCCUCAUGGUAACGUUCGCGGCCUGACAGAUAUAUAUCAUUAAAUAGUGUGCAUUCUUGUUCAGUUUUGACAAUUGAACCACAAACCAUAUCCCAAAUUCCUGAAUCAGCUGUUUAGUUUAUCAGAUAUUCCUCAUUCAGGAUUCUGAGGGAGAUAGAAAUGUAAAAAAAGGGUUGAGAGGUGCCAUUUGUGCAACCUCAACAUUGAAGCUAUUUCCUUGUUUUAUAGUUUCUGGUUAUGCGGUCGCCUAGAAACGACAUACAAAUAAACAACACCCCCCACAUUUCAGACAGCUUACACCACCUUUUACUUACAGAGGUGUAGCUCUCCCAAAGAACCAGUUCUAGCAAUAAUUAGUCAUAUUUUUUUACGUGGAAUUUGUAUUUUACAAUUGAAUUGUUUUGUUCAAACAUACUGCCGUCAAAAGUUACUAGUAAUUAUAUAUUAUAUAUUAUUAUCAUAACUUUAUAUCUAUACAUAUAUAUAUAUAUAUAUAUAUAUAAAUAUCUUCGGCAAACCGUAACUGUACGGGGUUCACACACAGAUAUUACUGACGGACACAUUAGUAAAGCAGUUGAAACCGAGAAAUAAAUCAAGCAUUUAUUUAUAGGCUAUUGUCUAUGUCUAAAGUGAAGUCGAAUAUGUAGUUUGGUUCUAUGGAGUCUGGUUACGAUUUUUUGUUAUGCAAAGUUUAGCCGUCCAAAUAAUUAUUUCUUAUUUCGUUCCUUAUGACUUGUUUGUAACUGUUUAUUAUUGUCAAUGAUUUGAUUUGUAAUAAUUUUUUAUCCAAGUAUAUCCCUUUAUAGUGGAAGGCUUUAUAUCUGUCCUAUCAUUUAGCUGCUAUGCUGUUUUACCACUAUGCUUUUUUAUUUAUAUUCCUUUUCUUGAUAGGGGUUUUUGAUGUAAGAUCCGCACUUAAGCCAGAGGCAACAUUGAUCCAUAUUCUUUUUCUUUUCUUUUUUUAUAAAUGUUACAAAAGUAAAUAAUAAUAAUUGAAAAUACCUUUUUAAAAUUAAAUUGAUUUAACUUUUUAAGUGCAAACCUGCCAAAUUCGAACUGCCAUACAACACUUUUACUUUAAAAUCCUACACAUAACACAAAAUGCUUUUUUUGUGUAUUCUCAAGUUAAGUUUUAGGGAGUAAUGGUAAUAGAGGGAUAUUCAACGUCAAGACUUUUAUACUAGUCAAUUUUUUGUAAGUGUGAUUUUGUUUGAGACUGUACUGUGACAAUUCUUCAUUUUUUUCCACUGUGUGGGUUUACAAGGAAAACAAUAUGGCUGUCUUAAACAAAUCUCUGUCUGUGUAUUUGGAAUUGAACCCAAGUUCCCGGCGUCAUACACUACUGUUUUAUAAAGCGCAUUUCCUAAAGGUUGUAUAGACCUUACUGGGGAACAAAAUGAAAAUCAUUAACAAUCGAAAUAAAAAUAUAAAGGCUGGUCCUACAGUUAAAACGUUUUUUCAUAAAUUUUUCAUUUAUAUAUAUAUAUAUAUAUAUAUAUAUAUAUGUAUGUAUAUGUGCAUGUUUUUGUACCAUAUCUACCCCACCGUGGUAAUUGUGACAGGGUUGGAUAUGAGGCAUCAUGUCUUGGAGUAGAAAUUAGUCUUUAUAGCUUCUGAAAAAGGUCUCUCAGACGUAGUUUGGAAGAAAGGAAAAAAGGGUGAUUAUGUACAAUAUAUUCUGUUUAAUUGUUCAACUCACAAAUCUCCUCAGAGUGUUCAAAAAGUGGUCAAGACUGAACUUUAUGAUGGAUUGAAAUCAAACAACUCAACAGAUGAGGAGAACCUCUUUGUCUGUGUGUGCCUGUGUUUUAUUCUGCUCUGUUCUUUGGGGGUCCUAAAGUUCAUUGAGUUGGUUGUGAGUUUGACAGUGUGUCAACGAGGGCACGUUUACCAUCUCACACAGACAAAGAGCAAUAGGGGCCACUAGUUAUCUGUUGGUUGUUUGAUAAAGGAAUCCCAAGGUGUUACUUGAAAUAAAAACUGAACUAUACCUACUAUGAUGCUAUGACACACAUUGGCAAUAUAUUUGUUUGUUUUUUGUUUAGGGGUUUCAGCAUUCUUUUUUAAAUAAAAAGUUGUACUACA